AGGCCCGCCCCGCCGCCCCCGAGACGGGGCCGCGCCCCUCUGCGGAGGAUGCUGGAUGCCCCCUGCGCCAGUGGCCCCGGGCAGCCCCUGAGCGUGGGGAACCCGGGAGGCGGAGGGGCACGCUGAGCGGGCGCGGGUGGUGCUGAAGGGACAGCUCCCGGGCGCAGGCGGCCGAGCGCGCAGCUGGCCCGCAGCACCCGCCUGCAGCCCCUGCCUGUAGCCCCCGGCCCGCAGCUCCCCCACCCUUAGCACCCCCGGCCAGCAGCCCCCAGCCCGCGGCUAGCUGGGCUGGCUCAUGGUCCCCGAAGCAGCGGGCCAAGCGGAGGCUCCUGUGGCCGCCGGGCCCACGGGGAUGCCCCGCGGGUGAGGCAGCCCCCAUCUUCCAACCGCGUUCAUGGCGGUGGCCAGGAAGAUCAAAACUUUGCUGACGGUCAACAUCCUGGUGUUCGUGGGCAUCAUUCUCUUCUCCGUGUACUGCCGCCUGCAGGACCGCUCAGAGGGGCUAGUGCAGAUCGUGCGCAGCGCCGACCGCCGGCUGCGCAGCCGGCACGCCAAGGUGGGCGCGCUGGCGGAGCGCGAAGCCAUCCUCCAGCGCCUCGACCACCUGGAGGAGGUAGUCUACAACCAGCUGAAUGGCCUUGCCAAGCCCAUUGGCCUGGUGGAGGGGCCGGGUGGCCUAGGCCAGGGUGGCAUGGCGGCCACGCUGCGUGACGACAGCCAGGAGAUGGAAAGCAAGUAUGAGGAAUACGGAUACAACGCGCAGCUCAGUGACCGCAUCUCCCUGGACAGGACUAUCCCGGACUACAGGCCCAAAAAGUGCAGACAGAUGACCUACUCGGACGACCUGCCCCAGAUAUCCGUGGUGUUCAUCUUCGUCAACGAAGCCCUCUCAGUCAUCCUGCGCUCUGUCCACAGCGUGGUCAACCACACGCCCUCCCAGCUCCUCAAGGAGGUCAUCCUGGUGGACGACAACAGCGAUAACGUGGAGCUCAAGCUCAACCUGGACCAAUACGUCAGUAAGAGGUACCCAGGCCUGGUGAAGAUCGUCCGCAACGGCCGGCGGGAAGGGCUGAUCCGGGCACGGCUGCAGGGCUGGAAGGCCGCCACGGCCCCAGUCGUUGGCUUCUUUGAUGCCCACGUGGAGUUCAGCACAGGCUGGGCCGAGCCCGCCCUCUCUCGGAUCCGGGAGGACCACCGGCGCAUCGUCCUGCCUGCCAUCGACAACAUCAAGUAUGACACGUUUGAGGUGCAGCAGUACGCCAGCGCAGCCCAUGGCUACAACUGGGGCCUCUGGUGCAUGUAUAUCAUCCCACCCCAGGACUGGCUGGACCGCGGCGAUGAGGCGGCGCCCAUCAGGACCCCAGCCAUGAUCGGUUGCUCCUUCGUGGUGGACCGGGAGUACUUUGGGGACAUCGGGCUGCUGGACCCGGGCAUGGAGGUGUACGGAGGGGAGAACAUUGAGCUGGGCAUGAGGGUGUGGCAGUGUGGUGGCAGCAUGGAGGUGCUGCCCUGCUCCCGUGUGGCCCACAUCGAGCGCACCAAGAAGCCCUACAAUAACGAUAUAGACUACUACGCCAAGCGCAACGCCCUGCGGGCGGCUGAGGUGUGGAUGGACGGCUUCAAGUCCCACGUAUACAUGGCCUGGAACAUCCCUAUGACUAACCCAGGCGUGGACUUCGGGGACGUGUCCGAGCGGCUGGCCCUGCGUCAGAGGCUGAAAUGCCGCAGCUUCAAGUGGUACCUGGACAACGUGUACCCAGAGAUGCGGACCUACAACGAUACGCUUACGUACGGAGAGGUGAGGAACAGCAAAGCCAGCGGCUACUGCUUGGACCAGGGGGCAGAGGACGACGACCGUGCCAUCCUAUAUCCCUGCCAUGGGAUGUCCUCCCAGCUGGUGCGGUACAGUGCCGAGGGCCUGCUGCAGCUGGGUCCCCUGGGCUCCACCGCCUUCCUGCCUGACUCCAAGUGCCUGGUGGAUGACGGCAGGGGCCGCACGCCCGCCCUGAAGAAGUGUGAGGAUGUGGCCCGGCCAGCGCAGCGGCUGUGGGACUUCACCCAGGGCGGUCCCAUCGUGAGCAGAGACACGGGCCGGUGCCUGGAGGUGGAGAUGUCCAAGGACGCCAACUUCGGGCUCCGGCUGGUGGUGCAGAGGUGCUCGGGGCAGAAGUGGACUAUCAGAAACUGGAUCAAGCCAGGGCGGCACUGACUCCCACUGUGCCCUGUGCCCCUGCCCCAGCGCUGACCCCACCACUAGAACCAGAGGGCCCUGGCCGUGCCCGUGCCACCUCAGCGCCCUGUGGGCCCCAUCACCCAGGACAUUGGGGCCUCCCCGUAUUCUGGAGGAGGUGCCGGGACCAGCCAUCUAUCCUGGAGCACAGACCCCCCUGGGUUCUCUCUCUCCUCGGAGAGCAUCAGCUGACAGCCAAUUCCAGCUCCAGAUCACGUGCCUUUUCUAUGGUAUUCCUGUCUGGCCGCCCGCCAGCUGCCUCUUCUGCAUGUGCUGAAGCCCCAUCCACGCUCCAGGCAGAAAUAGCCCCCUGUCAACUGCGACCUCCCAUCCUCUGCUCCCCAUGGCAGGCCCGCCCCUGUGACCACCUCCCUUAAACUGAGCAGAGCAAGCGAGGGAAAACAGGAUGACGCGACAGCGGCUGAGAUGGCCUCAAAGAGCACCCAAGGGCAGCGCCUGGUGAGGAGGCUGAUGGGGCUGCUUCAGCCCCGAGAAGAGAGGAUUAAACCACCCUGGCCUGAUAUCUCGUCCCCAGGAGCCAGAGCUGGUCAGCUGUCCGAGGAGGGACCCCUGUCCUACCCAGGCGGGGUGCCUUCUCAUGUUACUCUAAGGCAGGGGUCUACCAAUGAUGACCACAGCCCCUCGCCUAUUUUUAUAAAUAAAGUUUUAUUGGCACACGGCCACACCCCUCUA